AUAGAAAACUCAGUGAAUUAGCGCCCCCGGUUGACCUUUCACUGUAAGCGCAGGCAGGUCAGGCAGCCGAUCGGCUUCUCGACGCCAGCAACGCAAACGCCAUCUUAAACUGACUGACUAACUACUGAAUCAGCCCUGUCGGACGAAUCUGGGUCACGCGUUCGGAGACGAAACGGCGUCUGGAAAUCUCCACUCUUCGCAUCCUCGCUGAUAUUUACCAAUCUCUCGAUCAAUCGCGACGCUUUAUGGUCCAAUGUGUUUGAGCGGUCGGGCAGCCCGAACGCAGUUUUGUUGUGUCGGACCUGGUUGACGCUCACUGGUAGCUUUUUAUAACAAGCAGCUGACUGAGGCGAAAUCAGUCGACCGAUUGUAACCUCCAGGAUGAAACGAGGUCUCCAGGGAACUAAACAGGAGGAUGGGGGCGGCACCAGUAGCGGGUCUCUCAAGCGGUCUCGUAAACAGAGGAGGGACGCAGAACUUGACGAAGAAGCGGUCCACUGGGAGUGCCUGCCGCAGGAGGUCCUUCUCCACAUAUUCCAGUACCUGCCUCUGCUGGAUAGAGCGUAUGCAUCUCAGGUGUGCCGAGGCUGGAACCACGCUUUUCACAUGCCUGAGCUGUGGCGAUGCUUUGAGUUUGAGUUGAAUCAGCCAGCCAGCUCCUACCUGAAGGCCACACACCCGGACCUCAUUAAGCAAAUCAUCAAAAGGCACGCCGACCACUUGCAGUACGUCAGCUUCAAGGUGGACAGCAGCAGAGAGUCAGCAGAAGCGGCAUGCGACAUCCUCUCUCAGCUUGUUAAUUGCUCUCUGAAAACGCUGGGCCUCAUCUCCACGGCUCGGCCCAGCUUCAUGGAGCUGCCGAAGUCUCACUUCAUCUCAGCAUUGACGGUGGUUUUUGUCAACUCCAAAUCGUUGUCCUCCCUGAAGAUUGAUGACACGCCUGUGGACGACCCCUCCCUCAAAGUACUCGUGGCCAAUAACAGCGACACGCUGAAACUGCUGAAAAUGAGCAGUUGUCCUCACGUGUCACCCGCAGGCAUCCUAUGUGUGGCCGAUCAGUGCCACGGUCUGCGAGAAUUGGCUCUCAACUACCAUUUGCUGAGCGACGAGCUCCUCAUCGCACUUUCCUCAGAGAAGCACGUUCACCUGGAGCACCUGCGCAUCGACGUGGUGAGUGAGAAUCCGGGCCAGCAGUUCCAUACAAUCAAGAAGAGCAGCUGGGACGCCAUGGUGCGCCACUCCCCGAAAUUCAACCUGGUCAUGUACUUCUUCCUCUACGAGGAUGAGUUUGGCCCCUUCUUCCGUGACGAGCUGCCCGUCACGCAUCUGUAUUUCGGCCGCUCGGUCAGCAAAGACGUGCUGGGCCGCGUCGGGCUCACCUGCCCUCGCCUGGUGGAGUUGGUGGUGUGCGCCAAUGGGCUGCGGCCGCUGGAUGAGGAGCUGAUCCGCAUCGCUCAGCGCUGCACGCAGCUCUCGGCCAUCGGCUUGGGAGAGUGCGAAGUGUCUUGCAGCGCCUUUGUGGAGUUUGUCAAGAUGUGCGGAGACAGACUGACCCAGUUGUCAAUCAUGGAAGAAGUGCUUGUUCCAGAUCACCGCUACGGGCUGGAUGAUAUCCACUGGGAGGUGUCGAAGCAUCUGGGCCGCGUCUGGUUCCCUGACAUGAUGCCCACCUGGUGAAGUCGUUCGAGGGUGGGGAGCUGCGGCGAGAUUUUUUUUUUUUGGAGCGUUAUUGCGAAAAAUGAAAUGUACUCUAGUACAUUAUCCAACAUGGACAAAAUUCCAUCGAUUUAGAUUUGGAUCUAAUCCCGUGAGUUCCAAAAGAAAUCUGUUCAAAUUGUUCUCACGUCUGCCAGGCUGUUCUUUGUGUAUAUAUAUAUAUUUUUUUCUGUAUAUUUAUAUAUCUUUAAAUUAAUUGUUUUUGUUUUGACAAAACCUUCAGCGCUUUGUUCUCUCAGCAACGUACAGAUUUGACAGGAGCAGAUUUUAGGGAUGACAUUUUCCGUGGGAAUCGACAGAAAUGUUUUGGAAUGUAGGGGACAUUGCGGCAGUGGUAUCCUGGAUGUCCGUAUGUAUUUAUUGAGUAAUAAACCGUACGCCUCUGACAUAAAGGAGAACCUUUCAAAUUAGAAUCACAAUCUGCUUUGAAUUUCAGCUUUUUACAGACAGUCCACCUUUGACAUUGUCUCCAGGAAACGGAGGCACGGGGUGAAAGAAUCACUUUUAAUGGCCCUCACAGACCGUAUAGAGAGAUUUGCAGUGAAUAACCUUUAAAAGCUCAUAUUUUUGUCCUUGCGAUUAAAGAUUUCUUAGUGUGUUUCGGGGUGAACCAGGGCUGGGUUGGGUGGUGAAAUAGGUCAUGAUGCCACAGACAGAAUAAAAUGGAUGGUUGUACCUACUAGGCCA